UAGCCAAUUCAUAGACCCACCGUGUGUUUGGAAUUCUUCACAAGCACACUUCCUGUCCACACUGCACACCAUGACUCCUUCUCGGCUCUCUUUCAUCAUCUCCUUCAUUUUAUCCGUAACUUCGAUUUAUGGACAGAAAAUUUACAUUCCGACCCUGACUCUACAACUCGAGGACUUCCUCCGAGAUCCGGAAAGUGCAGUUUCGGCAUCCAUAACAGACGAUUUCGAAACUUUCUUCUUCGACCAAACGCUCGAUCAUUUCAGCUACACACCCCAGAGCUACGCCACCUUCAAACAGAGAUACUUUAUCGACUCCAGAUACUGGGGUGGCGCGAAUUCUAGUGCGCCGAUCUUCGUUUACCUCGGUGCUGAAUCGUCACUUGAUGGAGCCCCGACUUUGAUCGGGUUUCUGAGAGAUAAUGCAGCUCAAUUCAAAGCUUUGUUAGUUUAUAUUGAGCACCGGUAUUAUGGUCAGUCAAUUCCACUUGGGAUGAGCUUCGAAGAAGCUCUCGAAAAUGCAGAUAUUCGUGGAUAUUUUAGCUCGGCCCAAGCUUUGGCUGAUUAUGUAGCCGUUAUUAUGCACGUUAAGAGGGAACGAAAUGCGAUUAAAUCUCCAGUUAUUGUGGUGGGAGGAUCAUAUGGAGGAAUGCUUGCUUCAUGGCUCCGACUAAAAUAUCCACACGUGGCCCUUGGAGCUUUGGCCUCAUCAGCUCCAGUGCUAUAUUUUGAAGAUAUUACACCCCAGGAUGCAUACUAUUCAGUGGUCGCCAAGGAUUUCAAGGAAACCAGUGAGACUUGCCACCAAGCUAUAGCAAACUCCUGGUCAGAGAUCGAUAGAGUUGCUAAAGAGCCGGAUGGCCUUUCAAACUUAAGCAAGAUCUUCAAUACUUGCCGGCCUUUAGAGAGUGGGGCUACGCUGAAGUCCUUCUUGAAAGGGUUGUACACGAAGGCAGCUCAACAUGAUAAUCCACCAACAUAUCCUGUGAGACUGAUAUGCAAAGGCAUUGAUGGAGCAAAUACUACUGAGAAUGACAUUCUUGGCAAAAUAUUUGCAGGCGUUGUCGCCUAUUAUUGGAACUCCACAUGCUAUGUCAAUCCUCUACCUGUUACUCCAUCUGGUUGGAGUUGGCAGAGAUGCAGUGAAAUGGUAAUGCCCCUAGGCAUCACAAACAAUUCUAUGUUCCCACCAGCGCCUUUUGUCUUGGACGACUUCAUGGAACAAUGCCGCUGCAAGUAUGGCGUUGUGCCUCGCCCGCAUUGGGUCACUACGCAUUACGGUGGCCAUGAUAUAGAACUAAUUCUUCGUAGGUUUGGUAGCAAUAUUAUCUUCUCAAAUGGACUUCGAGAUCCCUGGAGUGGUGCCGGGGUCCUGAAAAACAUUUCAGAGAGUAUCACUGCUGUUAUUACAGAUCAAGGUUCUCAUUGUGUGGAUAUAUAUGCAGAGAACCACACCGAUCCAGAUUGGUUGGUCAAGCAGCGAAAAACUGAAGUUGAGAUUAUAAAAGGGUGGAUAGCCCAAUAUUAUGCCGAUCUUCCUGCUUCAAAAUGA